UUAACGUUGUUGCUUUCUUAAGUUACAACAAAGAGGGUUUGACCCCUAAAAAACAAAGGGUUUGACCCAAUUAAGACCUUCUUCCAUACAUUUUAGAAAGAACAACAACAGAUUAAUUCUUUUGAUAAUUUCAACUGCAAUUCUUAGUUAAUUAAAUUAAUUUUUUUUUCUACAGCUAGUCUUCCUGAAAAAGGAAAUAUCCUUAAAUGGGAGGACCUAAGCUGAUAAAUUUGUCUCUGUUUUUAUUUUCCACUUUUUGGGCUAUAAUUCCAGGCCUAAAUGGUCACAUUGGUGAUUUCGAUGAAGUGUGGCGGAGGCGAGCCCAAGAAGCUGAAGAAUGGGCCCUUAAGGCCUAUGAGCCCGACCCGGUUAAUGUCACCCUUGCUUUUGCCAAGCAAACUAGGGAGUCAAUGAAGGAAUUAAAGGAAGUGAAUAAGCUAGCAACGAAUGAAACAAGGAGGGAAUUAAGAGGCUUUCACAAGAAAUACGCUGGGCCUUGUUUAGUCACCAAUCCCAUUGAUAGGUGCUGGAGAUGUCAAGGUAAUUGGGUCGACAAUCGUAAAAGAUUAGCAGAUUGCGCAAUGGGCUUUGGCAAAGGGACCACCGGCGGCAAAGCCGGCCAAUUCUACGUCGUCACCGACUCUUCCGACGACAGCAGCAACCCUAAGCCGGGAACCCUCCGUCACGCUGUCAUUCAAAAGGAGCCAUUGUGGAUCAUUUUUGCAGAAAGCAUGACCAUUAGAUUACAUCAGGAGCUGAUAAUGCAAAGCGAUAAGACCAUUGAUGGUCGUGGUGUUAACGUUCAUAUUGCAUAUGGUGCAGGUAUCACCUUACAAUACGUCAAGAACGUGAUCAUCCACGGUCUCCACAUUCACGACAUUGUCGUAGGCAAUGGUGGCAUGGUCAUAAGCGCGGUGGACCAUGUCGGAAUAAGGACACAGAGCGAUGGAGAUGGUAUUUCCAUAUUUGGUUCAUCCAAUAUUUGGAUUGAUCAUGUGUCAAUGUGGCGUUGUAGUGAUGGGCUUAUUGAUGCUGUGGAGGGAUCAACUGCUAUUACCAUAUCAAAUGGACAUUUCACUGAUCAUAAUGAGGUGAUGCUUUUUGGUGCAAGUGACAGUUCUUCAAUUGAUCAAAGAAUGCAAAUUACUGUGGCUUUCAAUCAUUUUGGGAAGAGAUUGGUACAGAGAAUGCCAAGGUGUAGAUGGGGUUUUAUUCAUGUUGUUAACAAUGACUACACUCAUUGGAAUAUGUAUGCUAUUGGUGGUAGCCAACAUCCCACUAUUAUUAGCCAGGGCAAUCGUUUCAUUGCUCCUCCUGACAUUUUCAAGAAGGAGAUAACAAAGAGGGACUAUGCCCCAGAAUCAGUGUGGAAACAGUGGACAUGGAGAUCACAAGGUGAUCUAUUCAUGAAUGGAGCAUUCUUUGUUGAAUCUGGAGAUCCAGAUUGGACCAAGAAACACCAGAACCUUUUUGAUGGGAUAUCAUCAGCCCCAGGGGAACAAGUCACUUGGAUUACAAGAUUUGCAGGGGCUCUCAAUUGCAGGCCAGGACAUGCUUGUUAAUUAGGGAGUCAUUGACAUCACAUAUAUGUCCUUAAAUAUUUUACGUUGUAUGCAUGUAUUGUAUCAAAGUUGCUUUGUAAUUUUGAACUGUUACGUACUACAAAAUCACAACGAAAUGAAAAAGGACUAAAAUUCAUACUAUUACUCUCUA